UUUAUGGAAAAUUUAGAUAAUAGACUUGAUUUAGAAAACAUUUACCUUAGUAGUCCUAAAACUCUAUUUCCAUAUGGAUUAAAUAGUAAAUUUAAUGGGGAAGAAAGGAAUUGAUAUGGUUACUGAAGCUACUGAGGAAGACAAAAAGAAAAACUAUGAUGAAGCAUGCAGAUUAUAUGAACAUGGAGUUGAAUAUUUUUUACAUGCCAUUAAAUAUGAAGCUCAGAGUGAUCAGGCUAAAGAGAGCAUACGAGUAAAGUGUGUCCAGUACUUAGAGAGGUCAGAAAAGUUAAAGAAAUAUUUGGUGGAAAAGCAAAAGAAGCGUAUUAAAGACAGAAAGGAUGGUCCUACAUCUGACAACAGUAGUGAUAGUGAUGAUGACCUUGAAAAAAAAAAACUUUCCCUCCAACUAGAAGGAGCCAUUGUUGUUGAGAAACCAAAUAUAAAAUGGUCUGAUGUUGCUGGCCUAGAAGGUGCAAAAGAGGCUUUAAAAGAUGCUGUUAUUUUACCUAUUAAAUUUCCCCAUCUUUUUACCGGUUCAAGAAAACCUUGGAAAGGAGUCUUAUUGUUUGGUCCUCCUGGAACGGGAAAAUCUUUCCUGGCAAAAGCAAUUGCCGCUGAAGCAAAUAAUUCCACCUUUUUUUAUGUCUCAUCUUCAUGUCUAGUUUCUAAAUCGCUAGAGGAAAGUGAAAAAUUAGUGAAAAAUCUAUUUGAAGUGGCGCGACAACAAAAGCCUAGUAUUAUAUUCAUGGAUGAAAUAGAUUCUUUGUGUAACUCACGAUCGGAUAAAGAAUCAGAGUCAGCCCGACGAACAAAAGAAGAAUUUUUAGUUCAGACUCAAGGUGUUGGAACAGACAAUGAUGGUAUUCUUGUGGUAGGGGCUACAAACAUACCUUGGAAGUUAGAUGAUGCUAUUCGUAGGAGGUUUGAGAAAAGAAUAUAUAUUCCUUUGCCUGAGGAAAUGGCUAGAAUAGCAAUCUUUAAAAUGAACAUUGGUGAAAUACCACAUGAAUUGAAUGAAGGUGAUUUUAAAACUCUUGGCAAAGAAACUGAAGGGUUUUCCGGUGAAGAUAUAUCAGUUCUUGUACGGGACGCAUUAAUGCAGCCUUUGAAGAGAGUCCAAACAGCUACACAUUUCCGACAGGUAAGAGGUUAUUCUCGAACGGACCCAACUGUAUUAGUCGAGGACCUCCUAGAACCCUGCUCCCCAGAUGCACGUGGAGCAAUAGAAAUGUCUUGGGUUGAAGUGACUGGUGAUAAGUUAAGAGAACCUAAAAUUACAAUGUGGGACAUGAAAAGAUCACUCUGGCAGGCUAAACCUACUGUAAAUGAGAGCGAUCUAAUCAAGCUAGAACAGUUUAUGGAUGAUUUUGGUCAAAAGGGCUGAAAAGAAAAUGAGGGGCCUUUAUAAGUUUACUAAUGUAAAUUUGAAGUAUGAUGACGCCCAUGAAAUGUAAAGCACUUAAUUUAAUCCUACACCUUCACAGGAAAUGUUAUAUAUUCUUCGUAGAGGAAAAAUAUAUGUAAAAAUUCCUCUUGCUGACAAUUUACAUUUUGCUCUUGUAGAUAUUACUCUAAUGUUAUUAUUUUGUCAAGUUUAAUUUGCUUUACUUUUAUUGUAUAAAGACUGUACUCUUAUUCUCCCGAGAAGUAAAGAAUCACAAUUUAACUUAAAAAUUACAAAUAAGUCUAUGUAUUUUAAAAAGUUAAUGUCAGUUACUGUAUCUGUACAAUUCGUUACAUCCUUAAAAUUAAAGGUUAUAUGUGGGUAUAUUUGUAUCUUGUCAUAAUUGGUUAUUUUAUCAUGGAAGUUAAAUAAUUGGAUUGUGAUUUAAUUUUCAAAUUUAUUGUAUAUUAAUACCAUCUAAAUGUAAACUGAAUAAAUCUUUUUUU